GUGACAACUUCCGGAAGUAGCAUACGUCAUUCAUUGCCAACAGAUUGAUAUUUCGUCGCAUACACUAACUCUUGAUAGUAAAAUUCGUCGAUUUUAACGACGAAACGUGAUAAAAAACGUGCGAAAUAUUGUGAUAACUUCCUUUAGCGUUAGUAAAUCUAGUUCAAUUUUAAUAAAUUAAAAAUGUUUAUCUUGGAUUGGUUCACUGGUGUCCUAGGAUUUUUGGGAUUAUGGAAGAAAUCAGGCAAACUAUUGUUCCUGGGUCUAGAUAAUGCGGGCAAAACAACACUCCUGCACAUGCUGAAGGAUGACAGACUGGCACAGCAUGUGCCCACACUCCACCCCACAUCGGAGGAGCUGUCGAUAGGCAGCAUGCGGUUCACGACGUUCGACCUGGGCGGCCACCAGCAGAGCUGUUCAUGUGCUCGGUGCUGAAGCGGCAGGGCUACGGCGAGGGCUUCCGCUGGCUGGCGCAGUACAUCGACUGAGCUCCACAACACGCGGCUCGCUUAUAAUCGUAUGCUUUUAUCAUUCAACUACAGACGUAGCCGUCUUCAUAUAAAUUUGCUUUGAAACUUAACUACAUAAAUCUAAAGGUAUUUACAAAGUCUUGUAAAAUAUUCCAUCGAUGACAGUCUAUUUAAGUAAAAACGUAAUAUUUUGUUAUAUUUCUUUUACUAGCAUGUUAAGGAUCGGCUACGUUUAAGAAAUGGUCGAACGCGGCCGUUUGUAAGCAGCCCGCGUCGCUCGCCGCACUGCGCGUCUUAAGAGGCUCCCAUUUAUAUAACACUUAGCGUAUAUCUAAUAACUUCACAUACAAAAUAAAUAAGUAAAUUAUGUGUUCAAAUAUAAAUUGUUUAGAGAAUUUUAAACUCAUUCUAAGUACAAAAAUACUUAUCACUGCCAAAUGGCGUUUCAUAAAAUUGAUGCAUCAUGGCCGAAUACUGAAACCACUAAAUAUGUAACAUCGUUUUAAAUAUUAACAUUUACCUAUGCUUCAUUUGCUUGCAGUAUCUCUGGUGUUCAUGGCCGUCUAUGAGUAUAAAAAAUAUCUUUAAAAAAAACUCUUAAGGGCCUGUCCCACUAAGUAAGUUGUCUGAUAACAAUCCAACGUGUAAAGUAUGUGAUGGAAAUAUCGGAUUUUGUUUCCUUAUCUGACAGUGACGUCAUUUUUAAGCUAUCUGAGCCUCUAUCAGCCAGUGGUGGGACAGUUAAAUUUCAUUAUAAUUUUGAAGAUUGUAUGCUAGUGACUGAUUCAGUAUUCGGCUCAAGCAACGAUCUAUUCUGAGUUCAUAAAGUAUUUGUACUUAUGAAAUAUAUUUACAAUGUACUUAGAACAGUACAAAUAUAAAAUGGAGCUUGUUGAGAUGUGAGCAUUCGGUAGCGAGGUACACGAGCAGUCAACAUCUGCGAAUAGUUUAAGCUUAUGGUUAAUUUCAGGUUCCGAUACAAUGUAAAAUUACAAUUUGUAAACUACAUUAUUAAAGAUAAAAUUUUAAUGGCAAUCGAUAAAAAAAUACUUGUGUUAUCAUGUUGUAAAGAUUAGUUUUAUUAUGAAAAUGUCUAUAAUUUGGGAACCUCAUUUAUUUAGAACUAUAACCUAUUACUUAUGCAUCUCCACAAAUAAAAGGAAUGUUAUUCCUUCAUUGAUUUUAUGAGUUUUUUAUUUUUCGUUUGCAAUCAAGGUAGAAGCGCAACUGUACGGCCACUGGCAGUUUUUUCUCCAAAACGGACUUUGUCUCUUGUAAUUUAUUGACAUUAUGAAGUCAGCUCGGCCAACACGUGUUAUGUAAAAAUAUACAAUAAUAGAAAUAUUAUUUUAUAAAUAUUAAUUGCAGUUCUUAUUUAUUUCAUUCCAACUGUAUUGAGAAAUAAUUUUUGACCCAUCAUAUCUCAUUGUAUUAAAAGCGACAUCUGGUAUAUUUUUAUAUAAAAGUUUUCAAUUGUUUGUUUUAUUGUUAGAAAGUACAUAAUAAAUCUAUUAAAACAGGGAAAUGGCUCGUCAACUCCGCACCAAAAUAUACUACUACUAAGUACUUCCUGUAUUGUAGAAUCAUUUAUUUUAGUUUUAAUAUUAAUGAUAAAAAUUAUAAUCCUGACCGUAUUCCUAUGAAAAUACAAGGGAAGAAUACAAAUCGAAUUCACUGUACUGUUAAAAAAAUAAAAUCUUGUAAAAUCCGUAAUUUCUCAACAGAGAUUGUUUUGAAAUGGAAAAUAUCAAAAAAGAUGACUUGUUCGUUCGUAGAUUUUAUAAUUUAAAAUGAAUCCUUAAUGUAAUAGUGUAAUGAAUUUGAAGUAAGAUGUGAGAAUAUCAAGUUAGUCGAAUACAUAUGUAUUUUGUAGUGUAUUCGGAAAUAAUUGUUGAGACAAGCCAUUUCAAACCGCACUGUUGAGUUCAACAAACGUUGGCCCUCCAGCUUUAUUUAGGACAUUCUUCGAUUAUAUUAUUUGCAGUUAAGUAAACAAAAAACAAAGUUUGUAAUAAAAAUUUAUACAAAACAA